AUGGAGUUCCCCUUUGGGUCCCUGAAAACUACUAACUUCCGACGGUUCACCCCGGAGUCGCUGGCAGAGAUUGAGAAGCAGAUCGCUGCCCAUCGUGCUGCCAAGAAGGCCAGAACUAAGCACGGCGAGCGGAGGGGCCAGGAUGAGAAGCCCAGGCCCCAGCUUGACUUGAAAGCCUGUAACCAGCUGCCCAGGUUCUACGGUGAGCUCCCGGCAGAACUGGUCGGGGAGCCCCUGGAGGAUCUAGACCCAUUCUACAGCACACACCGGGCGGGCUCUCCUUCAGCCACUGAGCGGACGGGCUCUCCUUCUGCCCCUGAGCAGACGGGCUCUCCUUCUGCCCCUGAGCGGACGGGCUCUCCUUCUGCCCUUGAGCGGACGGGCUCCCCUUCAGCCCCUGAGCGGACGGGCUCUCCUUCUGCCCCUGAGCGGACGGGCUCUCCUUCAGCCCCUGAGCAGACUGAGAAAGAUGAGAUCCAGGCAUUUGACCCCCUGUAUGCCUUCACUGUCAUUUACACCUUCGAAGCUCUGAUCAAGAUACUGGCGAGAGGAUUUUGUCUAAAUGAGUUCACUUACCUGCGAGACCCCUGGAACUGGCUGGAUUUCAGUGUCAUUACCCUGGCGUAUGUUGGUGCAGCGAUAGACCUCCGAGGAAUCUCAGGCCUACGGACAUUCCGAGUUCUCAGAGCCCUGAAAACUGUUUCUGUGAUUCCAGGACUGAAGGUCAUUGUGGGAGCCCUGAUCCACUCGGUGAGAAAGCUGGCUGACGUGACCAUCCUCACUGUCUUCUGCCUGAGUGUCUUUGCCUUGGUGGGCCUGCAGCUCUUCAAGGGGAACCUUAAGAACAAAUGUAUCAAGAGGGGCACAGAUCCCCACAGUGCUCAUAAUUUCUCCUCUCAAAUGGCAGGUGAGCAGACACUCUGCAGUAGACCGGCACGGGGACCCCAGGACUGGGUGGCCAAAAGCCCUGCAUAAAAUGUUUACAUCAAGAAUGGCACUACUGAGCCUUUAUUAUGUGGCAACGGAUCUGAUGCUGGCCACUGCCCCAGCGGUUACGUCUGCCUGAAAACUUCUGACAAUCCGGAUUUUAACUACACCAGCUUUGAUUCCUUUGCAUGGGCGUUCCUCUCGCUGUUCCGCCUCAUGACGCAGGACUCCUGGGAGCGCCUGUACCAGCAGACACUCCGGGCUUCUGGGAAAAUGUACAUGGUCUUCUUCGUGCUUGUCAUCUUCCUGGGGUCAUUCUACCUGGUCAAUCUGAUCCUGGCUGUGGUCACCAUGGCGUAUGAGGAGCAAAACCAGGCAACCAUUGCGGAAAUCGAAGCCAAGGAAAAGAAGUUCCAGGAAGCCCUGGAAGUGCUGCAGAAGGAACAGGAGGUGGGUGGAGGCGGCUGCGAGCACGAAUCCUACUUCAGGGACCGUCCUGGUCACCUUUAG